CACCGCAAAAUUAAGAGGCGACGGCUCUAUUACGUUGUGAACCUCAAAUGAAUGAAUAUUUCACGGUAUUUAAAACACUCAUUGAUUGGUGUAUACCAAAUGUUUGUGGUUACAGUGAGAAUUUGAAAAUUUUGAAUUUUUUUGAGCUCUGCAGUCACUAAGAGCAUCUGCUACUGAUUGACUAAACGUUUGAGCCAACAAUGAGACUUUCAUGGGCUGGUUUUUCCAGGUAAUGUGUGCUUAUCUAAGUUUGUUUGCCAAAUGUAGGCCCUUUGUGUACUGGAUUUCAUGCAGCUCAUCAAUGUGUUUCAACAAUAUAAACUGUUUGUUCGUAUCACAAUAGCCUUUUUAUCAAACAGUGUGUGCCGCAGUAGCUUCAACAUGUGACAGGAAUCCAACAUGGCAAAGAGAAGCUUUUUUUUGUCACUGGAUGUGGAAAAGAAGCAUCCAGCUCAGUCAGGUCCAUCUCGCAGCCAAGGCUGUGCAGCAAUGACAAAUUCGCUGCAGCGCCAUCACAGGUCAAACUCACAAUGUGUGCACCUUUUUCGUGAGUCAAGCUAGCAGCACCGAAUUGCGCCUCUGCUCACCACCAAGGCCAUGCACUAGAAAGUAGCCAAUCGGCAGCGUCCAUCUGCCAUUGAUUGCAACAAGCAUUAAAAUAAAUGCAUCUUUGGCAACUGGAAAGCUGUCAUCAUUGACAUCAAUGCCCAUGUCAAUAUUAUCUUUUUCCAUCCCACACCACUUCUCUGAAUGGCCAUCUCAUCCACAACCAGAUUGCAUAAUGUGGAGAGCCGUGCUUUACCUUCAUAGCCAAUGCAGUCAUUGCCUCUUUUGAAAAGUCAGCAGCCCUAUCAAUGGAUUGAUAUCAUUUAAACAGUGUCUUUGGAGGCAUGUGUUGAAAACAGCUCGUACAUAUCUGUAUGCUCUAGGGGAAUAAAAAUGCAAAGUCAGUGCAAAUGGCCUGAGCUCUGGCGAGUAAACGGGUGACAUUGCUGGCACCAGACUUAUGUGGCAGUUGACGCAUGAGCAAGUCUUUUUUUGCCCCACCAAGACUCUGCAAUAUGGCGACAUCCUCAUUUCCUAGAAUGCGAUUGUCAGAUAAAUCUUCUAUGACAUCUUUGAGAUGAGCAACCUUUUGAAAAAGCCGCUGAUGGGAUUGCCGUAGAGUCUUCAUCUUCUUCUUGGUCGCAGUUUGUAAUUGUGUAACGCCAUACUUCAUGCCUCAGAAAGGCCUUUUCAGGCAUGUCUUCUGCUGGCUGUGGCUGCAAAAUAUCACACGCUGUAACAGGUGCAUGAGCGACCAACAUGACACAAAGCACGUACGCAGAACAAAGUACUUAAUUGUAGCAUACGCUCUUGUGCAAGCUAUGAAGAAUAUAAUGGUUAAUUUUAGGGUCAUUACCUUGCUCACGACGGUUUCUGUUUACACUUUCAUGAACUUAAAAACUGUGGGGGCAUAAAACUUCCAUCCACACGAGCUUGCUAGUGCCACUUAAUUUUGUUUGUUUUGUAAUGAAGAAGAAGAGCACACGGACAAGGCCAGCCAGAUCGACUGUUCAAUGCCUGCAGUGCAACCAGUAGGCCAGCCGGAUCGCCAGUGCUUAGCACGAGUGGGAGCCGUUCGUGCAACCAGCUGUUCCUGCUCUGCGUCACCUGCCUUUUCAAUUACGAACAGACGCUACCAUCUGAACUGUUCAGUACACCCCGUUACAAUUGGUGGAAGGUGCUGGGUAUUCAAGAAGAUUUACACCCUGGAACUCCGGUCUCGGACUCUGCCUUCCGUCAUGCCUGAUUCUCCCCAGCCGACGUCGCCGCCACCCUCCGUUGCCUGCUCUGGCGCUCUCCCGCUCCGCCAUCCCGCGGUUUUCAGCGGUACGGAUGAGCAAGACGUCAAUGACUGGUUGUCUACCUAUGAACGGGUGAGCUUGCACAAUCGUUGGGACGAUACCGCCAAGUUAAAUGCUGUCAUCUUCUACCUUGCGGGAGUGGCUCACCUGUGGUUUAAAAAUCACGAAGCUGACUUUCAGUCCUGGUCCGCGUUCAAGACCAAUUUCGCUGAAGUGUUCGGUCGCCCCGCCGUCCACAAGUUGCGCACCGAGCAGCGGUUACGAGAGCGAGCUCAACAACCCGGUGAAACAUUCACCUGUUAUAUCGAAGAGGUUCUCGACCUAUGCAAACGUGUGGAUGCUUCUAUGCCCGAAAAUGACAAAUUGAACCACAUUUUGAGGGGCAUCGCCGAUGACAUCUUCCAAAUGUUGAUCGCCAAGAGUCCGCGUACCGUAGCAGAGCUCAUAAACUUGUGCCAAAGCUACGACGAGUUGAGGAGGCAGCGCGAUUUGACCAGGCGCCCCUCAGUGGCUGACGAGACCCUCUCUUCCAUGACUGUAUUCUCUGAUCGCUCCCCCCUGUUCACACAAAUCCAAGCUUUCGUGCGGGAGGAAGUUGCACGACAGCUUUCUCUACUACCCUUCGCUGAGCUACCCCAACAGCAGCCGCUGCCGCAACAGCCUCCUACACAGCUCGCUCCGACGCUCCGGCGGGUUAUUAAAGACCAAGUUGCUGAGGCUCUACCAAUGCAGCAUCAGCAGUCCCCUGUCGCAGCGCCACUUACUUACGCAUCCGUGGCCGCGCAGCCUCCUCGUCAACCACUCGUUGCGCUACAUCCACGGCCGCUACCACCCGCUCAUCAUCUCGUUCAUCGACCUCCUCCUGCCUUUGCUAAUCUAUGGCGUACGCAAGACAACAGGCCCAUAUGUUAUGCCUGCGGUAUUCCCGGCCAUGUUGCACGACUCUGCCGCCGCCGCAUGCUGCACUCUGAUGGCUUUGCGCAGUCGCCUCCCUACGCCAACGUGCAACCUUUCCAUGACACUUCUUUUAGUCGGCAGUCGCUUUUUUGUCAUUUACGCAUACAAUACGGCUACCCAAAGUACUACGGGAUUUUCCCCGUACUUCCUCCUCUACGGUCGCGAUCCUUCCCAUACCAUCGAUACGGUUUUGCCUUAUACACCAGACGCGUCAGAGUGUGCUCCCGUAUCAGCCGUCGCCCGAUACGCCGAGGAAUGCCGUCAAUUAGCCCGUCAUUUCACCUCCGACGACCAACAACGACAAAAAGACAACCGCGAUGGCGACGCUACGAAUUCGAACUUCGCUCCCGGCACACUUGUCUUGUUGUCCGUGCCUUAUACUACGCCUGGACUUUCGACAAAACUUCUCUCGAAGUAUGAUGGACCAUACCGCAUCGUCGAACGCACCUCUCCGGUCCACUAUGUCAUAGAGCCGCUUACACCGACAUCUGACAAGCGCCGCCGCGGACGGGAUAUUGUCCACGUUCACCGCCUGAAACCAUUCUAUGAACCGCUUGUCUCCACGUCGUAAGUCGCCAGGAUGGCUUCGCUUUUGCACCGGGGGUAAUUGUAAUGAAGAAGAAGAGCACACGGACAAGGCCAGCCAGAUCGACUGUUCAAUGCCUGCAGUGCAACCAGUAGGCCAGCCGGAUCGCCAGUGCUUAGCACGAGUGGGAGCAAAAUACUGCAAGCCCAUCUGAGGCCAGGCAGGAAAGGUAAAAGUACAAAACAACUAACACAGAAGAGGCCAACAUACAUAGGUCAAUGAGAGAUGUUUCACAGUUUGAGUGGGCAAAAUAUACUGAGCUCAUAUAUCGUGGCUCAUUGUGACCGAUCGAACAUAUAAAGAGCAUAGAAAAUUGUGAAAACCUGUUGGUCUUGCUAGUUAUUGUGUCAUUUUAAUGGAAAAGAGAAAUUGAAAAAGGAUUAUUGGCCGCUAAUUAGUGUUUAAUGCAAACCCUGAGGAAACUCAUACCGCUGUAUUUAAUUAGAUACCGCAGUAUUUAAUUAGAUGGCUGCCAUGAUCAUAAAUCCACGUGCAGUUCACUGAGUGAUAUCUAUUAUGCUUCAGCUAUUAAACAGUUGCCAUGAAAAUAAAUGCUACUUCACUAGCAGUUACCUAAGGAAACAAGUAUGUAAAAAUUGUAGUGGUCGAAUAUUAUCCUCACCAUAGUAUGCCUUGCUGUUCGAGGUGUCUCUGGGUUGUGUGUAGGCAGCGCUGCAGAAGCUUCACCCUUGAGCAUCCUGGAGGGCCUUGGACUGGGAGACUGGACAAAAUGCACCAAGUGCAAUGAGGAGGGACUGCUUACUGCAACAUAACUUGAAAUUGCUGAUCGUGCAAACGAAACACCAGAUGCACAGUUGAAGCUAAAACCCAGGACUGAAACCAGGGAAACACCAGAAUAGCGACACCAUUGGCUUUAUUUAUUUCAUUUAUUUAUUUCACAUACCCUCAAGCGCAAGGCAUUAUAGAGGGGAGUGGGGUACAUGCGAAUAACAAUAACAAUGAUAACUACGGAUUUAUAUAAUGCAAGCGACAUGUGCAGUGAACAGAAUCAUUAAGAAAUCAAAUAACAAGAAUACUAUGAUAUUCAAAUUAUAAAAAUCUAGUGACAUAUGAACUGAACAAAAGAAAAAAUACGGCGCGACAGCGCUUGCGCAAAUACAGCGCAUGUGGCCACGUGCAUGGCCACAGUUGAAAAAAAGCAAACAAGGUUCGGCGGAAAAGUGCGCUGUCUUCGAUUGACACGAUAGCAUCAGGAAGGUGGUUCCAGUCGUUCAUUGUAUGGGGAAUAAAUGAAUAUAAAAACCUGUUUGUGUGACAACAAGUGCCUCUUACUUUAUGACGGUGAUCAACUCGAGAUGACAGAUAAGUAGGUGCUAGAAUGAGCUCAUUGCUAAGAAUAUGAUGAUGAAAUACUUUAUGAAAAAGGCAUAAGCGAAAAGCCUUUCUGCGCAGUGAUAAAGAUAAAGCGCAGCUUCAUUUAAAAUUUAAGCACAAUAAUGACCAGCAAGCAGGACAUCGUUAGGGAGAUCAGUGGCUGUGGCUAUAUACUGUAUUUUUUAUCUACUGUCCCAAAAAAUGUUGAUAAAGCUUACCAGCACAGUUGGCAUGUUAUAAAUUUUAUUACUGUAGUAAAUGUUGGAGCCUAGCAAGGGUGUUAAUUAUAUGUGUAAUGAGAGGACAUCGUGUAAUGAGGACAUUCAGAGAAGGAGUGUGUUUUCCUUAUUCCAACUUUACUGAAAAAAAAAGUAGUUUUUCAUCUUACAUAACACUGCUUUGCUGCAGUUUGUUUUAUUUUCCUUAUCUUGUACUCAUCCUUGAUUGACUAAAAUGAGGUUAUGAUGUAGCAUGUGUGGCUUUCAUUCAUUAGCACUUGCUUUUGCCAAUGUUAACAAUGAAAUUUUAACGCAGUAUGCUUGUCACCUGUGUCAAAGAAGGGCUGUAAUGUAGCCAAUGAUAGGUUGAAUAGUUCUAUCUUUCUCUUCAUUCUAAGCAUUACUAAUAGAUCUUUUAAAUCUGUCGAAAACAUCUGACAAAAAGCUGUAUGACAGUCUCAUAUGCAUUUUUGAAACUGAAAUAAUUACUUUAAAGGUGAAAUACAAAAUAUAUAUUACAGGGAAACACCAGAUUUUUGCAAAGCAGAACAGAAUAUGAAUAAGGCACACAUGUGAGAAAAUGUCUUAAGCAAGCUCUGUGAUCAUUACGACAAUCAAACAUGCCAGGACAUGUUGGAUUUCGGAAGGCUCAUCAGCGAUGUCUGAAUCAGUCAAGGGCGCGCUAGCAAAUGUAGCAGUACCCUCUGCUAGCACAUCAAUCAGACAAGCCCUCAGAGAUGUCCAUAUCCAUUGUGGCUUGAGAGAGACCUGCCUGAAUAUAAGAAAAGCAUACUUCACUUCAGGAAUGGUGGGGGACAUGUACCACAGUCAUGAAAAAGGUAUGAUCAAAUUGGAAACAUGUAUUAUGGCUGCAUACAGCUGUGCACCAACUUACUGGCUCAACUUGAUGCUGUUAUGUUCCCGUGGAUGUAGCUGCUUCACUUUAUGGUUGACUCAUUGCUGUGGCAUCGUCCUUUGCAAGCGUCUGGAGUUAAAGAAUAACCCACCAGAUAUUUUUAAGGUCCAACAAUAACAUUUGCUGUGGAAUGCAUUUACACAACCUUUGCAGAGUCAUGCAAAAGACCUCGCAUGAUCUGUGCAUGCUUUCCCUACACACCGCAUCCCCUUGUGUAGAAAACUAUGUUUGAUCUAAGUGUGCUUGUAAAAUACACAUACAGCUAAUUGAAUCUCGGGGAAAAUGGAGCUGUAGUAACUUCGCAGUGCAUGUUUCACACAAAAAUAUCAUAGACAUAGCUGUAACACAUACAUAAUGUAAUUCCCCCUCUGUAAUGCCUCCAGGCCUUCAGGGUACUACUAAUAAAUGAAUGAAAAUUAUGUUCACUCCUGUAAUUUAAAGUAAAACUAUGUUAUUUCAUCUCAACUGUCAUUUACCUGUUGUUUAAAAUAUGUCAACCAACAUCAUGUCUUCUGAAAAAAAAAGAAUGAUAUUUUAGCCUCAACAUGGGGUGAUUGAACUUUGCACUCACAAGCCGAGUUACUACGAGCAGAAUAUUCUCUACAAAAUUAUUGUUGUUGGCGACUAUUGCAAAACUUGGUAUGUUACGUGAAGACUAAUCUUUCAUGGUUUCUUCAAUUAAUUAGUUUUAUUGCAAUUUUGAUUGUUUUCAGCCACAAGAAAUACAUACAAAAUUCAGUAAUAAUAAUUUUUAUAGCAGGAAAUGUAAUUCUUCGACAAUAAGUAGCUUCACAUCGUGGGCUUUUCAGGAGUGUACGCUAGCUGAUAAAAGUACUUUAAGGAGAAAUAAAUGUUUAACACUUAGUGGGAAUUAUGACAAAGUUGGAAAAAAAAUUGCUUGAAUAGUAUUGCACCACUAUUUCGUCAGUUAUAAUUCGCACGAGCACGUAGUCACAAAUGAUCGCGAAUAUUGCAGUUCCAUUUUCAUAAAUAAAAGAAACGUUCAUUGUGCUUGCCUAUGGAAGGACAGACCAUCGCGCCGAUUUUCUGUUCGAUUAGGGCAUCCUGGCACACAACACUUCAUCACGCAGGUGCGCCUACUGCUGACGGGAGUUCACGGCGGUCUGCUAAGAGGCCGAAGACUUUGAGCAGAUCUCGAGCAACAGUGUCGACUGCGCUACGGGCUGGCACGGCCCUAAAUAUGUUCGGAGUCUCCGGCUCGCCAGUCCAUCAUUGGGCACAAGACAGGACGAAUUUUUUUUCCCGUAGGGAAACAGUCGCUUCGGACCCUGUACGCUCGCCUACUCGCCUGCACAUUUUGCGGGGGCGAAAGACAUCACUGUUUCCCAAAAGACGUUGUCAAACGCAACGAAUCGUCGUCGGAAGGGUGGCUUGGUUGCCUUCACACGUUUGCAGGGCGAAAGGUUCCCUCGUUUCCCUGAAACCACACCGAAACGCAACCAGUCGUCCUUGAGGUGGUCCUCCUGGGUUGUUGGGCCUAAUGCCGGUUAACCGACGCCUUCGUUCACAACAGCCUUGGCGCCUGUCUGCUAAUUAAGUGGCGAGACUCAACUGCUUCACACACUCGAAUUCCUUCACUAACCUCAGCGCGCGUUUGCCACGCCGACUAUGUGCGCAUACUCCGAAACCAAAGCCACCGAAGCGAGCCGAGUAAAAUCUAUCGCUUGCCUAUCAUGUGAGGGCCUAUUUCCCAUCAUCCUAUUCCUCUAAAUUUUUUAUGACUAGGCUUCAAGAUUGUCACGUGACGCUCCCUCCUAGUUUUUUUCCUUCCUCUAUGGUUCAAAAAUUAUUCAGAUAAAGAUUGGUAGUAAGAAAUUCCAUUUCUUUCACAUUUCGUGAGGUUGACAUUUCCCAGCUACUUGAACGAGUGGCACAUGGACGAGCGGCACUGCGUCCUCGAAUUUUUCACCAUGUUAAAUUGCUGCUCGCACUCUGCAUUUUUCUGUGGUAUCAACAAAAUACUUUCUGUGCUAUCAACAAAAUACUUUCUGUGCUAGCGCUCCUUGCUUUUAAAGCCAUGACUGACCG